AUGACACUUUUAUACGUGGUACAUGGCGUUGAGUGUAAAUUUUUGCCAUCUACUCUCACACCGGACCCAAGGAUCCUGGAUGGGAAUUUACUGACCGGGAGGUCCGUGAUUCGAACCCGACCUCUGCAUCUUGACUUUCCCUGUCUAGGUUUGAGCAACCUGGCAGUACCCCAGCUUUCUUCUGGUGGCAUGACAGUUAAGCACCGAAAGGGUGCUACAGCUAAACGAUUUCUUUUUACAUUCGAUUGA